AUGUCGCAGCCAGAAGAAGCGUCUCCUCGGGGAACCGAGAAUGCCCUGAGCGUUGAGGCACCGCCAGCGACCACCCAUCAGUAUAGCGACCCGAGCUCGGGAAGGACGUUCCUCCAGAAGGUGUACGCCUGCCUGACCUAUGUGCCAUCGAGGUGUCGCUAUGACCCCGAGAAGCCGUUUCAGUUCUCAAUGGCAUUGAAUGUGCUCUUUGCGUUCGCCGGUUGCUUCACCGUGGCGAACCUCUACUACACCCACCCAAUCCUCAACCUCCUCGCAGACGACUUCCACGUUACCGACGAGCAAUCUUCCUAUAUCCCGACUCUCGCACAAGCCGGAUAUGCGGGUGGAUUGCUGUUCUUGUGCCCGUUGGGGGACUUGGUCAAGAGGCGGCCGUUUGUGCUUUGGCUGGUCUGGUUUACUGCGACCUUGUGGAUCGGCCUCUGCGUCACCAAAUCGUUUGCUGCUUUUGGAGUUAUCACGUUUAUUACAAGUGUGACAACUGUGACACCUCAGUUGAUGCUGCCACUGGUCGGCGACAUGGCCCCUCCCCACCGGCGGUCGACGUCUCUGUCUAUUGUCGUGUCGGGGAUGCUGCUGGGAAUGCUAAUUGCCCGUCUCUUGUCCGGCGUCGUUGCUAGAUACAUCGGUUGGCGCUAUAUUUACUGGAUCUCAUUCGGAUUGCAGUACUUCAUCCUGAUUUUGCUGUAUCUGUUCAUGCCAGAUUAUCCUUCAACAAACCCGGGCGAGAAUAUCUGGAAGAAGUAUCCAAUGUUGCUGUGGGACAUCGUGAAGCUCGUGGUCAAGUAUCCGGUUUUGGUCCAGGCAUGUCUAGUCGGAAUGUUCACCGCGACGACCUUUACCAGUUACUGGACAACCCUUACAUUCCUCCUUGCGGGAUCUCCAUACCAUUACAGUUCACUGGUCAUUGGUCUGUUUGCUCUGAUCGGCAUUGGCAGCAUGUCCUGGGGUCCUAUUUUUGCCAGAACAGUCAUGGAGAAGCACCAACCGCUCUUUUCGGUCAUCAUUGGCGAAGUUAUCUGUUUGGUCGGUGUGGUCAUUGGAACAUAUACCGGCAAAUUUACGGUGGCUGGGCCCGUGAUUGAGGCAAUUUGCAUCGAUAUUGGCCUGCAGACCAGCCAGAUCGCCAACCGGACGGCCAUUUAUAAAGUCGCGCCCCUGGCAAGGAACCGAGUCAAUACAGCUUACAUGGUCAGCGUUUUUGUGGGCCAGUUGAUUGGCACCGCCGUCGGGAACUCGCUUUACGCUGAUGGUGGAUGGAUCUCUUCCGGGUCGGCAAGUGUUGGGUUUGUUUCUGCGGCGUUGGUUGUGUGUCUCUUACGUGGUCCGCAUGAACAAGGAUGGAUAGGUUGGCGAGGAGGAUAUAAUAUGCGAAAAGGAAUGCCAAAGAAACCCCAGAAGACCCCAAGUGAUACGGAGGCUGUCCAGAUCCAGGAAGCGCCUCAACCAUUCAGCGAGGAGAAGACGAAAGAAGCUGUACAGGGGGAGAAGGAAAUCGAAGUGCAGAUUCACAAUGAGCACCACGGAAAUGAUCACAGUUCUCGAUCCUCGCAACGUACACUCAGUGAAGAGAUACAGCCUUACAGGGAGAAGGAUUAG